CUCUGGCACUCUUUCUUAGUCUUUUUUUAAAAACGACUCCAGUUUACAGACGACAAAAUCCCUCCAUUUUAAGUGUACAAUUAAAUGACUUAGAAAAUUAUCAGAGUUGUGCAGUCAAAAUCAGGCUUAGUUUUAUUUACUUAUUUUUCCUAAUGAAACCAGGGUUUAGUUUUAAAUCAGAGAUUCUGGAGUUUAAGAAAAUUUCCAUAAUAACCUUUAGUGGUCUCAGAAAUAUGUAACAAUAAUGGGCCAUUGAUAAUGAAAUUCAAGCAUUACAGAAUUUUGUUUUUCCAAAAUCCCAUACUCUCUCUCACCCAGAACAUUUUGCUGCUAUAUUAAGUCCAAGGAACUGGUAUCACAAGAUCUAUAGGAUCUCAUCAAGUCAAGCUCAUCUGAUAGUUUAAAUACAGUCCUCACUCUGGCCUCCAGGGUUUAAGCGCGGGGCCACUUUCUCUAGAAAUCUCGGCGGUGGGAGGGACGCCCUCCGGGAGAUCUUCCGGAAGGGGGCGUGGCCAGACUUCCGGAACUAUUCGGACAGAGGUGGAGUCUUCUGCCGAGGGCUGUUCGGAAGAAGGCGGAGCCUACCUCGCAUCAGGACCAGUCUGGCUGCACCUGCAUCCUUAGCUCAGAGCAUCCCUGGAGCAUCUUAAGAGACGACGGCAGCUGGCAACCAGGGACUGGACCGUCGCAGAAGGCGUCCGCCAGAUACCUUCCCCCUCCCCUGACCCAUCCCUCUACAGUGGCAGCCCCUGAACUGGCCGGGAGAUCCCAGAGCGGCCUGACCACUGCAAAAGCAUUUAUAGAAACAGCCUCUGAUUACGACAUGGCUGAGAUCACCAAUAUCCGACCUAGCUUUGAUGUGUCACCAGUGGUGGCUGGCCUCAUCGGGGCCUCUGUGCUGGUGGUGUGUGUCUCCGUGACCGUCUUUGUCUGGACAUGCUGCCACCAGCAGGCUGAAAAGAAGCACAAGAACCCCCCCUACAAGUUCAUUCACAUGCUCAAAGGCAUCAGUAUAUACCCAGAGACCCUCAGCAACAAGAAGAAAAUCAUCAAAGUGCGAAGAGACAAAGAUGGCCCUGGGAGGGAAGGUGGACGUGGGAACCUGUUGGUGGACGCAGCAGAGGCGGGCUUGCUCAGCCAAGACAAGGCUCCCAGGGGCCCUAACUCUGAAUCUUGUAUAGACCAAUUACCCAUUAAAGUAGACUAUGGGGAAGAACUGAGGAGCCCUGUUGCUAGCCUGACCCCUGCAGAGAGCAAAACCACUUCUCCAUCAUCCCCAGAGGAAGAUGUCAUGUUAGGAUCCCUCACCUUCUCAGUGGACUAUAACUUCCCCAAAAAAGCUCUGGUGGUGACAAUCCAGGAGGCCCAUGGACUGCCAGUGAUGGAUGACCAGACCCAGGGCUCUGACCCCUACAUCAAAAUGACCAUCCUUCCUGACAAGCGGCAUCGGGUGAAGACCAGAGUGCUGCGGAAGACCCUGGACCCCGUGUUUGACGAGACCUUCACCUUCUAUGGCAUCCCGUACAGCCAGCUGCAGGACCUGGUGCUGCAUUUCCUCGUCCUCAGCUUUGACCGCUUCUCCCGGGAUGACGUCAUCGGGGAGGUCAUGGUGCCGUUGGCUGGGGUGGACCCCAGCACAGGCAAGGUGCAGCUGACCAGGGACAUCAUCAAGAGGAACAUCCAGAAGUGCAUUAGCAGAGGGGAGCUCCAGGUGUCUUUGUCAUAUCAGCCAGUGGCACAGAGAAUGACAGUGGUGGUCCUCAAAGCCAGACACUUGCCGAAGAUGGAUAUCACCGGUCUCUCAGGUAAUCCUUACGUCAAGGUGAACGUCUACUACGGCAGAAAGCGCAUCGCCAAGAAGAAAACCCAUGUGAAGAAGUGCACUUUGAACCCAGUCUUCAAUGAGUCUUUCAUCUAUGACAUCCCCACUGACCUCCUGCCUGACAUCAGCAUCGAGUUCCUUGUCAUCGACUUCGACCGUACCACCAAAAAUGAGGUGGUGGGGAGGCUGAUCCUGGGGGCGCACAGUGUCACAGCUAACGGUGCCGAACACUGGAGAGAGGUCUGCGAGAGCCCCCGCAAGCCUGUGACCAAGUGGCACAGUCUAAGCGAGUACUAAUCCCGUUUUCCUCGCCUCUAACCCAGGGGCCAGGCUGGGGAGGGACGUGGCAGGAGAAAGUUGACACAGGGAAGCAGAUUCAAAACCUCAUUUUAGUUGUAGAAGAAAAUUUCUUACAAAACAAACCCCACCAAGAACACUCUACGUGACCACAACCGAUGACCAAUCCUUAGUGAUGAUGAUUUUUCUCCUUUGCAAGGCACUAGGAAAAAAAAAAUUCUUUUUUAAUUUAAAGGGGGGAAAAAAAGAGGGAAAGACCCCUACAAGUCUAUAUAUAACAAUGUAACCUUAUACUUGCAUGUCUAAUACAAACUGAAGAAAUUAGCCUAACCACCAAUAUCAAGUUACUGAUCUUAAUCCAGGACAAUUGUGUUUUGUGCCGAAUUGUAUUUGCUGAUUACCUGAAAUCAGCCUCCUCUCAUUGGGCUUCUCUGGUGAGUCACUCUCACUCCCCACCUCUGCAGAUGAAAAUUUUGCUCUUGUAAAACCUCAUGUUUUCAUCAUCCCCAUCUUUUCUCCCUAUUACCUCUUACAUCUUUGCUCUUUGGCAAAGCUCGAGGUCUAGAAGUCUGAGGUAAACCAAGAAACAAAGAUGGAAUGGACAAGGCAGAGCUUGCAGAAGAAAGAGUCAUUGAGAAACGAGGCAUUUUCUGCUGUUAGCCCUCCUGCUAUGACAGGGUAAAGGCAUUCUGGGAUUGAUUGUCGUUCUGAUCAAGUACAUAGAACACAUCAGACUUAUUAAGUAGAACUUGGGUUUACAAAGCUAGGUGACUUCUCUAAAAGGAGCUUUGAGACUCCCAAUUCAAUUAUACAAUACUUACAAUGAACACAUUCAGCUGCUCCCUAAUGCCAUUUGCAGGUAUCAGGACAAGGAGAGGAGAAAUGAGGUAACUGACAUCUCCCUUUGCAGCUGUCUAUGGAAGUGACUACCAUUUGUUGGUUGAUGGAUUGGAAACCAUCAGAAGUCUCAAGGAUUAAAUUAACCUUUGUUUUUCCAGAAAUACUGACCAUUGAGAAGCUUUAGAGUCUUCUCAAGUUGCUUAGAUACUGUCAUAAGGUUAGUUUUGCUCCAUAAGGAAAAGGGCCCUCAGAAAUGAUUCUUUCUCUUGAGUUUUUUACUAGUGGGUCUUAAAAAGAAUCAUGUGGCUAAACUAGUAACAAACAAAGGUAACUUGGAUUCUUUCAGAACACCCUUUCCCUCAAAACAAAGUGCUUAAUUUUUAGAACUCAUAAGUCUCACAACAUGAUGGAGAGAUGGAGGAAGUACAGAGUUUAACCUUCUUUCUUCCACUGGCCAAGAGAGGUUGAGAGAGAUUCAUCAUCAUACGGGGGUUAGAAUUAAGUCUACUGACUCCUAGUCCAGCCAUGUCACUAAUGUUGAGACUUUUCAGAUGGUACAGAAUUCCUUGACAAUAAGUAACUUUAGAUAGCAGUAGAUAUUUUUGCCAGCCUGAAGAGGAACUCAAAUAAGCAACAGCUUGAACCAGGGCCUGAAAGAUUAGCCAAGGUUGAAGUGUCCACUUCCAUACCAGAACAUCGCUUUCUAACUUGCUUCUGAGAAGACAGUUGAAAAGCUGAGUGAAUCUCCAGGCAGAGGGUAAUGAACUUGCCUUUGGUGUUCCCUUAGCUCUUGUGGAUUUAAAAUCACUCUGCACCUCCCCCCCCACCACACCCAUCCUUUUUUGUUUUUUUUUAGCUCAUAUUCUUGACAGCGCAGAGCUGUUCUGAGCAGAUAUAAAGGCCACUCUCUAUUCUUGUCCCCGUCAACCCUCAUCCCCCAUUAUCUGAUUUACUAACUCAACAUCAGUUGGGUCCACACCACCAGUCUAUUCUUUACUUCACAGAAUGUAAAUACUGUAUCAUACGUACAAGAAAAUAAUUUUUUUUCUAAAAAUGCAUUUUGAGAUAGUUUCAUGUAAACCUGACAGGAGAAUUCCAAAAUCUCAUUACGAAAAAAAAAAAAAAAUUUUAAUGGUUUCUCUUCAUCGCCUUAAUGUCUAAAGAUCGGAAAUUGCUGAGCAACCCACUUUUGUUUCCCUCCCAGAAACAAUGCAAAGCAACAGGUGGAGAUAGUCUGGUCUUUGCCCUGCUGUGUGUGCCUCUGUAGCUUCUCCUGAUAUAAGUCUGGAAAGACAGCCUCACCCCACUCCUCUCCUCCCCAUCUCUUUGUAGCUUUAUUCCUUGCAUUCUUUGGGUCUACUGAGCCGUGGGUGGUGAGGUGACAGGGGAAACCAACAGUUCUGUAGCCUAGGAACUGCCUCAAUGUCUUUCUCAGAAAAAGGCAAAGAGGCAGACAGGGCAGGAUUCCUCCCUCCUACCUCAGGCCUGAUCCAUCGUGCCCUUGACUUUGCUGUCCCAAAGUUUCUUAGCUGGCUUUGGCUUUCACUUAUUCCUUCCUGAGCUAACUGAUAAGGGUAGAGGAGGAUAUGUCCUCCUAAGGGUCAGUUGAAAGACAAGAGAGUCACAUCCUAGCUUUUGCACAAGGCACUCAUGGUCAGGAAUAGGUUAGGGAAUGGUCACUUCUGAUUUUCCAAGAGUCAGUCCUCUGUGAACACCUUGAUUCCUUUGGGAAGACAAGAGUUUUUCUUAAUAACAAAGUCCCUUUAUGAGUUAUUACUUCUUUCAGUUCUUUUCAGUGGAGCACAGCCAGGAGGUACAUGGUUAUGAAUAGUGCUCUAGAUAUGAAAACAGAGAGAAGUGGUUUGUGGGACAGGGGCGACUUGCUCAGGAGAGGGAGUAGUGCAAGUCCCUUUUCUUGGAAGACUUUUACUAUGGCCGUGACAGUGACAUUGCCCUCACCAUGAUCCCUCUCCGAUGUGGUCGUCUUUCUUUACCUUGUGUCUUCUCUUGUAAAAAUGAAACUCAAAAAUAAAAUAAAUGUGUCAAAAUUUAAAAAAGAAAAGAAAAAGCUAACAUGAAUUGUGUGAAAUUGCAUAAUGCUGUAACGCUAACCUACAAUAUGUAAUGCUAUCUUGUAUGUUGAAUUUGUUAAUGCACCACACAAGUGCAAAAUAAAGACUGAUUCACAUUAAAUAGACAAGUGACGUCACCAUGAUUCUCUGGAAGACUUAUGACUAUGAAUGAAGUCCAUGCUCAGGCUCCAAUAGGUUGUUGUAGGGCAUGUUUUCCAAAGUGUGAUCCCCAGACUACCUGAUUCACAAUCCCCUGGGUCCCCUGAUAAAAAAUGCAGAUUCUAGGGUCCGGUCCUAGAGGUUCCUCUUUGGUGGGUGACUUGGUUUGCUGCUUUUAGCAAGCUAAGACUCCUGGUUCUAGUCUUUCUGUUUUACUUUCAAAACGUAAUUUCUAAGACCAUAACCACCAGAGGAAGAGAUGGUUAUUCCUAGUGCCAAGAAUUAGCCUGCUUCUUUGGUUGGAAAUAUUUAUGAUCCCGAAAUGCUUUGCGGAGAUGGGUCAAUUCUGUUCUCUCUUCAGUAUUUACUAAGUGUCUGCCAUAUGCCAGGCAAUGGGGAUACAACG